GUUUGUGCUCAUAAAUUUUCUCUUUGUCAUUUUUUUUUGUUAAUAUUUAACACCUAACCUCAACAAUUAUAUUUAUUAUGAUUAAAAAAAAUUAUUUGGAGAGAUUAUGGAAAAAGACUUGCCACGUGCUAAGAAGCCUAGACUUGAUGAAAAAUCCAAGGGCUUGUUGUUGACAAGCAUUUGUAAUUGGGAAAAUCAUGACAAUGUGGCCAUUGAAUAUCAUCAUGCUGAUAAACAAAUGACUUUAAUAAAUUACCAAAAACUUUAUGAAGCUAAAAAUUAUAUUAAAGAAUUUUUAAUUAAUUAUAAUCCUGGGGAAUUUAUUGGAAUUAAUUAUGAGGUUCCAAUUUUUUGUGUUCCUGCUUUGAUGCUUGGAAUUAAUUCAGCUGGACAUUCAUUUGUUUGUCAUGAUGAAACAAUUGUCAAACCGUUUGAUAACUUGCUGAAAAUUAAUUAUUUAUUUUCUAAAAAAUUACCUGAAAAUAGAGAAUAUAUUAAAGACUUUAUUGUUCACAAUGAACACGUGGUUUUGUCUAGAAUUAAAUCAUACAGCAAAGAUAUUCAACAACCCACACAAACAACAAAUGAAAAAAUACAAUUUGCAUAUGCUGUGGCAACAUCAGGAUCAACUGGAGACCCAGUGAUUGUCAGGGUAACUCAUGCUUCCAUUGUUACCAAUAUUCAUGAUAUAAAAACCAUUUUAAAUGUCACAAAAAUAGAUAAAAUAUUACAGCUAACUCCUCUCACUUUUGACCCAAGUAUUAUUGAAAUAUUUAUUGCUCUAUCAACUGGUGCAACCCUCGUGACAAUAUCAAAUAAUUUAAAAAAUAAUAGUCUUGAAUUAUUAUCAAUUAUUGAAAAUAAUAAAGUGACUAUUAUUCAAAGUACACCAUCACUUUUUUUGCAUCGUUGGCCUUUGGAAAAAUUAAAUAACUCAUUACUCAGUGAAAAAGAUUUAAAAAUUAUUUUACUUGGUGGUGAACCAUUUCCAAAUCCAAAAAUAUUAUUUAAAUUUAAACAUAUUAAUAAUUUAACAAAAAUUUAUAAUAUUUAUGGAAUAACUGAGGUUUCAUGUUGGGCAAGUAUCAAUGAAAUUAAUCAUGAAUCAAAUCCAGAAUAUUUAGGGAAAAUUUUAAGUGAAACUAUGUUUCAAGUUAGAAAUAAAAAUAAUCAAAUUGUUGAUGAUGGAGAGGGUGUUCUUUUUAUUGGAAGUAAUACAAGAAUUUGUCUAAUUAAUAAUGAAAGUAUUGAUGAUAUUAAAGGUGUUGUAUUUAGAGAUACUGGUGACAUAGUUAAAAUUGAUAAAUUAAAUAAUAUUUAUUACAAAGGAAGAAAAAAUCGUUGUAUAAAAAGAUUUGGUAAUAGGGUUAAUUUAAAUGUUCUUGAUCGUCAUAUAGCUCAGUUGGAUUUUAUUGAAAAUUGUUGUUCAAUAUUUUUUGAUAAUAAUCAUACAUUAAAUUUAUUCAUCAGUCAUAAAAAAUCAUUACUUGAAAAUAAUUUUAAAUCAAUAAUAUUGAAUCAUUUAAAAGCAUUACCAUCAUAUUAUCAUCCUGAUAAUAUUGAUUUUGUUGAAAAUUUUAAACUCACAAGACAUGGUAAAAUUUGUAUAAAUUCAUUGAUAAAUAAAAAAUGUUUAUCUUCAAAUGAUAAAUUAGCUAUAUCCAAAGAUGAAAUAAAAACAAAUGUAGAUAAGUUUAAAUCAAUAUGGAAUAAUUUAUUGGGUAUUGGGGAAUCAUCCUUGAGAUUUCUAGAUGUGGGUGGGACAUCAAUAAUCGCCCUUCAAAUAUCAACUGAAUUAUCACAAAGUACUGACAAUGAAUAUCCAGAAUUAAUUGGUAAAAUGCUGAAUAAUGAAACGUUUGAACAAUGUAGUGAUUACAUUAGUCAAAAAAAUAUAAUUGUAAAUAAAAAUAUAAAUAAUAUUGAUGAUAAGAUUUCUAAUUCAUCAAAAAAUCAUUUAGCCAUUGAAUCGAUAGUUGAUGAAUCAUUUAUUGAAAGUUUUAAUAGUCAUGAAAAUACUAAUUGUCUGUGGCAAAAGUGUAAAGGAAAAACAAUUUAUCAUCAACAAUUAAAACAUGAUAAAAAUGAUAUUGUUGAUUUAAAUAAAUUAAACAAUAUUGCACUUGAAAAACAAUUUAAUUUGUUAAAAUGUGUUGAUGCAUCACCAACAAUUUUUCAAUACUCUAAUGGCAAUUUAUUUGCAACAGUUGGAUCUCAUUCGGGUCUUGUUAUCACUGUCAAUUUGAUAAAUUAUUCUGAUGAACCCUGGAAGAUAAAAUUUCCUGAUAGAAUUGAAGCAUCUGUUCUUGUUUAUGAUAAUUUCACUGGAAUUGUUGGUUCUUAUGACGGAUUUAUUUAUUGUUUUAAUUUAAAAACUGGACAAAUUUAUUGGAAAUUUUUAACAAAUGAUGCUGUUAAAUGUACUGCUGUAUUUUGUAAUUUAAGAAAUAAUAUUUUUUUUGGUUCUUAUGAUCAUCAUGCUUACUGCAUUUCUUUAAAGAGUGGAAAAAAAGUCUGGAAGACAAAACCUGGUAAUGGAAGUAUAUCAGCAACUCCCAUAAUUUAUAAAAAUUCAGUUUUAUUUGGAAUAUUAGAUGGUUCAUGUGUAUCACUUGAUAAAAAUACAGGAAAUAUAAUUUGGAAGUAUAAAUUUGAAUAUCCAAUAUUUUCAUCACCAGCAAUAGUUUAUGAAAAUUUAACAAUAUUCAGUGAUGUUACUGGAACCAUAAAUUGUUUUAAUAUUGAUAAAGGAUCAAAAAUUUGGUCAAUGAAAAUUGAUGGAAAUAUAUUUUCCAAUCUUGUUACGCAGUUUGAUUCAACAACAAACACCGAAAGUAUUAUUAUUUCAAGUAAAAAUAAAUAUAUUUAUAAAUAUAAAAUUAAUGAUAAAACAAAUAAUCCAAUACUUGAUUUUAAAAUUAAUUGUGAUUCAUCAAUUAUUUCUACACCUUGGGUUGAUGAUAAUUUUAUAACAACAGUAUCAAUUAAUGGUGAUGUGAAAAUAUUAAAUUUUAAAAAUGGUCAAGUAUUAAAAACAUAUUCAAUCAAUGCUGAUGUUUACUCAUCACCUGUAUUUUAUAAAAAUAAUAUUGUCAUUGGUUCUCGUGAUAAUAAUUUAUGGCUU